AGCUCAUGUUGGCGACGGCCGGCACUUUUCAGUCGCCAUAGCCAAUAUUUCGGGCGGCUUUCUGACGAUACGGCGACUGCACGACGAAAAUGUGCGCCGAACAAACCAUGACGGAUUCCAACGGCGGUGCCGAUUGAUUGCGGACCUACGAACCCACGGGGGCACAAACGAGUGUGGGACGGUCGCGUGUGAAUGCGCGCGCGUAUUUACGAUACACCCGUUUCAUUGAUUGGGACGUGGUCCCGUGUCCCGUAGCGCCAGUACAGUGUUGGAGAGUGUUGGAGAGUCGGUUGGCCAGAACGAUUACCGUGUACCGUGUGUGAAAUGACAUGAGAUGUCUCGAGACGCGUACGGCGGGGGCACCCGGUCCCCAAGGGGUGUGAGAUUGCCCACUGUGGACCGGUCCCCCUCUAAAGCAUACCCCGGUGGCAGUCCGCUGGGUAGGAAGUCCUUCAGACAGACCCGAUCCGGUAACAAUUCACCGGAUCACUCGUACGGUUACCAUCACUAUUACAGGGACGAAGACCCAGGAAGUCCGAUGCUGGAGGAACGGGGAAGGUCGAUGACGGUGGGACCUGGACAUCACCGGUCCCGGAGUGCCACCAGACCAACAAACCCGAUGUCGGUCCGCUAUCAAUCAUUGGACCGCGGUCCGACCGUAGACCACGAACGAGAGUUCCUGCCGAUCAGGGACCGCAGGGACCGGUCCCUGGACCGUGGUCUCUACUUCGACGACGAGCCGUAUGCUUCGCGGUCCGCUCGGCAAUCGCCCACCGCCCACCAGCCCUUCCUGGGCGAGCUGCAACACCAGAACUCCGACCUGCAGCGCGAGCUGGGCACCCUGAAGAAGGAACUGGAACUGACCAAUCAGAAAUUGGGAUCGUCGAUGCACUCGAUCAAGACGUUCUGGAGUCCUGAGCUGAAGAAGGAGCGGGCGCUCAGGAAGGAGGAGUCGGCUAAAUACAGUUUGAUCAACGAUCAGCUCAAGUUGCUCAGUAGUGAAAACCAGAAACAAGCCAUGUUGGUGCGACAGCUCGAAGAGGAACUGCGAAUGAGAAUGCGAGGGCCCAGUAUAGAGAUGCAACAACAAAUGGAGGCGUUGUAUCAAGAAAAUGAACAUCUUACUAGAGAAAUAGCUAUUUUAAGAGACACCAUUAAGGAGCUGGAGCUGCGAAUAGAAACACAAAAGCAAACGCUGCAGGCGCGCGACGAGAGCAUCAAGAAACUACUGGAGAUGCUGCAGAACAAAGGCAUGGGAAAAGAGGAAGAAAGACAGAUGUUCCAACAAAUGCAGGCGAUGGCGCAGAAGCAGGAGCUGCAGGCCGCGAACGAGACGUUACGCACGCUGCAGAGCCAACUGGAGCUGGUGCCUUCGCCAUCCAGCUCCACAGUCAAAGUGUUGCUCGACACGAAAGACGCACGGAUCGCGACACUCGAGCGCGAGGUCCGGCUGCUGGAAAGCGAGCUGGAGCGGUUGCAGCCCCUCCAACCGCCCCAGCUUGCGCUCGCCGCCCCAGGGCCCGUCCCCAUCAAGCGACAACUGGACGAGUUCCGCAUCGAGAUCCAGCGCCGCGACCAGGAGAUCCUUGCGAUGGGCGCCAAGAUGAAGACCCUCGAGGAACAGCACCAGGACUACCAGAGGCACAUUGCCGUACUUAAGGAGUCGCUCUGCGCCAAGGAGGAGCACUACAAUAUGUUGCAGGCGGACGUCGAGGAGAUGCGUCAACGUUUGGAGGAGAAGAAUAGACACAUCGAGAAGAAGACGCAACAGUCGCAGCAAGAACGUGCCAGGGCUGCGGCUGAAAUAGCUGAGCUCAGGGAGCACAUGGACAUCAAGGAUCGGAAGAUCAACGUGCUACAGAGGAAGGUCGAAAAUCUCGAAGACCUCCUCAAAGAGAAGGACAACCAAGUGGAUAUGGCCAGAGCUAGAUUGUCAGCCAUGCAAGCUCAUCAUUGUUCGUCAGAAGGCGCCCUUUCGUCACUGGAAGAAGCAAUAGGCGAUAAAGAAAAGCAAAUGAAUCAACUCCGUGAACAACGGGACAGAGCCGAGCAAGAGAAACAAGAGGAGAGAGAAUUGCAUGAAAGAGAACUUGCCGAAUACAAAAUGAAGAUACACGCAUUGAACAGUGAGGUCGAAAAACUUACCACCAGGUUGGAACGUGCUCAGAACGAUAGGGACAGACUGGAAGCGAAGUUAGAAAGUUCUCAAAGCGAGUUGGGCAAAUCCAAAGCAGAACUGGAUAAAUGUGCCAUCGAAGUCGGCAGAAGUGGCGCCGAUUGGGAGCAGGCACGUCAAAGACUGGCACGUUUGGAGUUGGAGAACGAACGACUCCGAGGAGAUCUGGAACGUGCCCAAACCACAGCAACCACUACCACCUUCGGCAGAACGUCGUACAGCAGUUCCCACGAGUUGGACAGAUACGACAAAGAGAGGGCAGAUAAGACUUCCUCAGAUCUGAGGAAAUGCCAGGCCGAACUCAGGGUAACUCAAGCUGACAGUGAAAGAGCGCGAGCGGAAGCUUCCGGCCUACAAGAGAAAUUAGAAAAAUCUCAGGGGGAAGUGUACCGCCUCAAGGCCCGCCUAGAGAACUCACAUCAAGAACAAGAGAGCCUCCGCGAAGAAUUAGAACGGUCUCAGUCGACAACGGCGAAAUUGCACUCCGACAAGGACCGAGCAUAUGCGGAUUUGGAGAAGGCGCGAGAAGAACUGGAGCGCACGGCGGCGUCCUUGGGAAAGGCGCAACUGCAUCAGGACAAGCUACAGAACGCUCUCGACAAGGCUCAGACAGAAGCCGACAAACUACAAGAAAAGCUCGACAAGUCACUUGGGGAGACCAGAAGGAUACAACUAGAGAAAGAAAAAAUAGGGUACGAUUUAGAGAAUAUCCAAUCGCAAUUGGACAAGGCUCUCGGCCAGUCUGCUCGGUUACAGAAAGAAAAGGAAUCCUCCCUCCAAGAAGCAGAUCGCAUUAGAGAUAAAUACGAAAAAACUCAGAAUUCGAUGACAAGACUGCAAAAGGAAAGAGAUAGUUUCCAGGAUGAGUGUGAAAAGUUGAAAGAACGGGUCGAAAUGCAACUUAGCCAGAUUGCAAAGGCCCAACGAGAAAGAGCUGAUAUUGAAACCGAACUGGAUGUACUGAAAGACAGGUGGGAGAAGGCUCAUAUGUUGCAACAAAAGAUACAACUGGAAAGAGAUGAUGCACUGACUGAGAUAGACAUUCUCAAAGAUAAGCUGGAAAAGGCAAUUUAUGCUUCCCAGAAGGCGAUAGAUGACAGAGAGAACAUGCACAAGGAGUUCGAAAAGAUGUUAGAAAAAUAUGAUAGGUCACAAAGUGAUGUGUAUAGAUUACAAAACAAAUUGGAUACCGUCCAAGCUGACAAAGAAAGACAAGAAUUGGAAGUCGAGAAGCAACAACUCUUGACGACUAAAAUGCGCGAGGAUCAGCGCAAACUUCAAGAUGAGUUGCAACGACUCCAAGAAAUGUAUGAUAGGGCAUCCAUGCAACUUGGUAGGAUGAAGGAACUGGAGGAAAAAUCAAAGGAAGAACUCGAACGUAUGGGACUUGAUAUGGAAAUGGUCCGUGAGCGAUACGAAAAGGCUCAGAUCGAAAUUAGACGUUUGCAGAGCGAUAAGGAGAAAGUUCACUCAGACAACGAGCGAUUACAGUAUGAGAUUGAAAGAUCUCAUGCUCAGGCAGCUAAGGCCCAAGCCGGCUACGAAAAGAGUCAAGAAGAGAUUGCUAGACUACAAGUGGAAGUCGAGAAGGCGCAUGAGAAGCACGAUAAACUACAAAAUGAAUUUAGAAAAGUUGUUGGUGAAUACGAUGCCUUACGUGAAUCCACGGCCGGUUCUGUGGGUAGAUAUUCUAAAUAUGAUAGAGACGACCGCACUAAGGAGGAUAACGAGAGAUUGCGUGCUGAGAUAGACAGAUUGAGGGAACGUUUAGACAAAACUCUUACGGACCUCGAUAGAUCAAGAAAAGACCUCGCCGCCGUUGAGACAACUCGUAGCAAAUUCUCCUACGAACAAGAAAAGGAACGCAGUAUUGAAAUGGAGAGACUUAAGGAUGAUCUACAAAGGACUCUAACCAACAACCAGCAAUUAGAAACUAAAUUACAUGAAGUGAGCAUGCAAUUAGACUUGGCCAGGAGCGAAGUAGCCAAAGUAUCGGGAGGUCAAGAUAAGCAACGCCAUGAAUUGGAGCGAGCAGUUAUUGAAUGUGAAAAACUAAGGGACAGACAUGAAAAACUCAAAUCUCAAACUGAGAAACUCGAGAAAGACAACGAAAAAUUACGCAUGGAAUUAGCACAAGCUGAGAGAAGACAAACAUUGGCGGCUGACAAAGUUAGAAAUGACGAACGCCUUGAAAUCGAGAGAUUAAAAGAAAAAUUAGAAAAAGCGAUACAGGCAAGAGAUGCCACUGAAAUGGAAGCUGGAAGAUUAGCUCAAGAGUUAGAAAAGUCACAAUUACAUUUGGCAAAGGCUUUGGAAACCAACGAAGCAACAAAGAUAGAAUUCGAACGCAUGGCUAAUGAACUGGCUAGAAUGCACGAAAGAAUAGAACGAGACAAGCUAGAUUGGAAGACCAUGGAACAGGAAAGAGAUGUAUUAAGAGCAGAACUACAACAAGUGCGAAGUGGCAUGGAUACACAGAGAAGAACAAUUGAUCAUAGGACCCAAGAAACUUUAGUAAAGUUGCAGCAAGAACUUGCUCAGGCUUCUAGGGAAAGGGACAAGAUGGCUGCCAUGCUGGACAAGCAAGGAAGGCAGGGAGAUUCGAUAGAAAAACAGAUUAUUAAAUACGAGGCUGAUAUUAAGCAACUGACCAUGGAAAGAGACCAAUUAGUUAUACAAUUAGAAAAAUCUCAGGAUAUGUUGAUGAACUUCCAACAAGAAUUAAACCAAAGUGAAACUGAAUUAGAAAAACAAAAGGCAGAGGUGACUAGGCUGAAAAACGAGCAAAAGAGGAUGUCACAGGAUAUGGAGAGGGGCACCAAAGAUAUUCUGGAAAACAGAGACAAAGAAAUUACCAAACUUCAGCAGCAAUUGCAAAGUAUUCAGAAAGAAAGAGAUACUCACAGGCAAAGAGCAGAUAAGGCGGAAAAACUGUUGCAUGAAUCGGGAGGAAGAAGUGAUUCGGAGUUGGAGCAAUGGCGUAAAGUUGUCGAACAAGAGACAAAUAGAGCAGAUCAGGCAGAAAAAACUGCUCAAGAUCUCACAAAGAGAAUUCAGGUUAUGGAGAAGCAGUUACAACAGCAAUUACAACAAAUGGCACAGUAUCAGAAAGACAGAGGUAUUCAUCCACCGCAAGACGACAAAGAGAUGGCUAGGUUAAGGAAAGAACUUGAAAAGGCACAAACGGAUGUCAAGAAUAGUACUACAGAGAAAGAGAGACUACAAGCUCAGCUAGAGAUGUUAGUACAAGAAUUGGAGAGAAAUCAACUUGAGUUGCACGAAGCAACGAAAAAAGCGGGAGCGGCUCCACAGAAACCUGUCGAAGACCUGGGUCCACAGAAGAAGCAACUGGAGGAGGAGAGGAAGAGGAUAGAUGAACAGAAAAAGCAGAUAGAGGACCAGAGAAGAGCUGUUGAAAAUAAGGCCCGGCAAGUGGAAGAAAAAGAAAAACAAUUGAUGGAAUUAGAAAAGCAACUGAAAAAACAGAAGGAACAAAUGGACCAAUUACAGGCGUCAUUACAAAAAGCUGGCGGAAGUGCAGCAGCUGCUGGAGAACUGAACAAGAAGCUGGCACAAGCGGAGAAAAAUCUAGAAAAGGCGGAGGAAGAAGCCAAGAGGUCUGCUGCCGAAAUGGAACGACUAUUGCAGUUAGUCCAGAUGAGUCAAGAAGAGCAGAACACCAAAGAAAAACAAAUUAUGGACCUACAACAAGCCUUGAAAAAUGCUCAGGCGAAACUGAAGAACCAGCAACAAGUAAAUGCACAACUAGAAGAGCAAAGGAAAAAGGAGGAGGUAGCCGACGACGAUAACUUAAUAAUCUACAACUUACAAAGGAACAAUUCCGAAGAAUACCUGCGAAAUGAGCUCAAAUCCAAGGAGGAGUACAUCUUGGAGCUGGAAUCCACGUUGGAUUCAUACGAAGACUUAAUCAAAGAGAAUAAAAACGAACUCAAAAUACUCGAGACUAAAUUAGAGAAUAAAAAUGAUAUUAUCAACGAGCUAGAGAACAAAUCGUGUUCAGAGAACGAGAAGGAAACUCGACAAGAAAAGUUCAAUCGUGGUGAGAAGGAAUUAAGCGAAUCGGUUCAGAUGAAAGAUGAUAAAGAUAAUAGAAUAGCUGAGCUGGAAGACGCCUUAAGAGAAACUAUUCAACUCUCGACGGAAAGAGAAAUCGUUUUGCAGCAAGAGGAAAUGAAGAGGAAACAGAUCAUGGAAAAGGUUGGCAAAUUGGAACAAAGAUUGAUGUCUUUGCAAGCAGCUCAAGCUACCAGAUGUCACUCAUGUAGGCCGUACGUUGGAAGAAUGUCGAGCUUAGAAGCGAGGCUGGCUUCACUGAUUAUGGAAAGAAAACAAAAUCUCCAAGAACUUGUACACAUGAAGAGAGAAGCUUUGGAAUCUGCUAUCAGUGAGAAAGACGCCCAUCUAGCUUUGAUAGAAAUGUCCGGAAUAAGAAGCGCCAGACAAGCUGAGGAGGCUGAAAGGUUAAGAAUGGAUAAAAAGAGAUUAGUGGAUCGGCUUAAACAAGAAGUGGAAUUGAGUGUUUCUCUAAUAGAGGAUGAUGACAUCUCAGUAACUUGUUUGGAAGAUGACGAAGAUCCUUCGUCGGACAGGGCCGCGUAACCGGAAACCAAAGAACUUUUUUAAAAUGAUCUCAGCAAUAAUUAACAAAAUGAUUUAGUGUAAGGCGAAAACUCGAGGAAACCACUGCCUGAACAAAUAAAAACCCUAUUCCAUGUCUCUGCUGCGAGAAACGGGAUAUGGUGACUGUAGAUAAAAUAGUAGGAGCGUGUAAAUUUUUUAAAUUUUUGUAAAAGUUUAGAAAUGACAAUAAUUGUUAGGAAUGGGGCAGUAUUGUUUUUUAAAUAUGUUUAAAUUUAAUAUUAAUGAACAGAUAGAGGUGUUGUGACAGAAACUCAUCUUGUGAUAUUAUCGUAUAUAAUAUUAACCAAUAUCAAGAGAUGGAUGUUUCACAUUUUUAAAAUUAUAAUAAUUUGAUGCAACUUGUGAUACGAUCUGGUACAAUCUACUCGUAGGUUGUCAAAUCGUACUACGGUUAAAAAUUGGCUAUAAUUAUUUAUACAUAUACUUUAGCAUAAUAAAGGGGCAACUACGGGAUAUCGUAUCAGUGCGUCUUUUAUAUAGUUUUUGGAUUGCAACCUGAUUUUCUGUAGGUUUCUUGUAAAUACCCACUGACAAUUCGUUAUAUAAAAAGUUGAAACACCGUGUGUAAAGAUUGUGUAUGUAUAGACUGCUUUUUCAUAAAUCGUCACGAAUAUAGAGUCGGAUAUAUCUAGUUUUUAUAAAAAAUUGGAUUGAAUUGUAAACGGAGGAGUUGGUGCCUGACUAAUUAUUUGUACUAAUGGUAAUUCCAACAGGUUUUUUAUUUGUACAAAUGGACAGGCGGCUAUUUUUAAACAUUCCAGUUGUAGAUUUUAAGAGGUAGGUACUUAAGGUAAUUUAAAGACUAUAUAAAAUGUCCAAUUUCGCUCUUUAUUUUGUAUUAAGCUGUAUACUAUUAUGCACGAGUGUUCAAAAUACUAAGUCUGGAGUACAAAGUUUCUUUGGUUUUAUAUAUAAUUGCAUAUUUUUGCAAAGAACUUUCAAAAAUUCAGAAACCUCUUUCUUUAAGAAACUGACAUUGUUUUUGUACACUCCGUGCCAAAUAGAGGAGAAGUCGUCAUUUGCGGAUGGUAAAGCACUUUAACUCAUUUGUAAAGCCAACCUUCACAAUGGGAAAUUGAAGUUGGCUUUAUUCAGAUUGGGUUCAGGUGAUUCAUUUGCACGUAUACAUUUGUCAUAAACUUAAAAAAUGCCUUUAAUACAUUCAUUAUCAUAUCAUACGUAGGCCGAGCAACACUGCCAACCUCGUGCCAUUAUCAUAUAAACAAAAUGAAGGUGACUAUUGUCCAACCAGCUUUUUUCCUCUUCUUCUUCAAGAUGUUUCUAUGUCCAUAUUAGGAAGUAAAAGUUGAGAACAAAACAAUGUCCCAGUUUUGGCGGUCACUGUUUCGUGUCUUCUCUCUUGAACAAAUAAGUAUUCGGCCAUCUAGUUGUAGAAUUAGAAAUCUGCGUAGCUUAGUUAGAUUAAACAGACCAAGUGCAAACAGGCACAUAAGAAAAGCACCACGAAAAGCAAAGAGAGUUGUUUUUUGUGGUACAAGUACCUUCAAUCUUCCGUGUUAUAAGCUUGUCAAAAUACGCUGGUUGGAUAACACUAUGUGGAUAAGGUUCAGUCGCAUUUUGAGUCUAUCCACUUAAAAGGGCUAGUGUUGGUGCCGAAAUUUUUCAAAUUGUUCAUUUACUAUUCGGCGGAGAAUUCCGAUUUAUAUUUGUAAUAAUUUGUUUUGUGCAUAUUAAAAUUUCGGCCUCAUUAUUAUCCCGUUUGUUAUGCGAAUUUAUCUAUAUUGUAAUUUAACAAAUAGAAAUAACAUCCAUCAGUGUUAAAAAUAUGUUAUGGCAAUUAUUAUAUUAAGCACAAUAAGGUAACAAAAUAACAAUUGCGAUGUAUAGGUAGGUUAGUCACGGUUAUAUUUUUUUUUAAUUUUAGGUAAUGUUUUCAGGGGGGUUUUGAUGUAAAUAAUAUAAUUUUAUCAAAAACACCGGACCGGAUGCUGACAAAUGCUAUCGUUAGUAUGUAACAAUGGUAGUAUGUAUCCUGGGACCGCGUUACACGUUCUUUUGCUAAUAAUUUUUCGGAGAACUGGUAUUAAUGAACUGAUUAAAGCAUUUAAAUAAUAAUUUAGAGAAUUACUAAUUCGUAAGAUUUUCAUAAUUCUUAUCGCAUCCAUCGAAACCUCACCCUUUGUGUCACCUUACAUAUCUCAUCUUACUCUUAUAUCAAGUUGCUUUUUAUAUUAAUAAUGAUUAAAGAAAAUAUGGACUAGGAAGGAAAAAUUGUUAGAAGUUACAAUAAUAAAUGUUAAAUUAAAAAAAUUUACUCGUUGAGUAAGCCAGACCGAGUCUGCAAGUUAAAAUUUCUCACGUUCGACGCCUCCGUAACAAAAUAAGAAGUAUAACAUAAAGUUGCACCACCAGAGUUGUCAAUAUUGAAACAGAUCAUCUAUGAGAUUGUUUGUUGUUAGUUGCGGAGGUUUCAAAGGUGGGAGUCUUAUAGAAAAAUAGUCUACGUAGUUCAUGUUACUUUCUUAUGUUGAUAUCUGAUUUAUUUAUGUCACGCUGUUGUAAAAAAACAUGUUAAGACCGAUGUAUGAAAGUGUGAAAAGAAAGAUAUUAAAAAAGGGUUGUUUUAUUUGUGUAGACACUAAGGAUGUUUUGU